AGCAGUUUAGCAGUUUAUGUUAGAGAAUGAAGACAAGAAGCCUGAAUGGUUGAUAUUGAACUUGCCCAGGAAAUAUAUCCAUUCAUGGAGCAACAGAAAGCAGAAAUGAUUCAAGAGAAGGUAACCCUGAAACACGGCAAUCUCCUCAAGAAAACUUUUUUCAGAGGAAUUGGCUACAUUUCUGGUGACAUGAGAGAAUUUGGUGACUGGAUUAAAGAGCAAAAUUGCAUCUUUCAGUUUCUUGACUGGAUCUUACGAGGAGCUGCUCAGGUGAUGUUUGUCAACAACCCACUGAGUGGACUUGUUAUUUUGAUCGGGCUGAUUGUACAGAAUCCAUGGUGGGCACUGAACGGCGUUGUGGGAACAGUUUCCUCAACUUUAGCAGCACUUAUUCUCAGUCAAAACAGGUCUGCUAUUGCAGCAGGGCUUUGUGGAUACAACGGCAUCCUGGUUGGUCUUCUGAUGGCUGUAUUUUCUAACAAAGGAGACUGGUAUUGGUGGCUGAUACUGGCUGUGAUCAUCAUGUCGAUGGGAUGCCCUAUUAUUUCAAGUGCCUUGGCCUCCGUGAUGGGACGGUGGGAUUUGCCUGUUUUCACAUUGCCUUUUAAUAUAUCUGUGGGUCUCUACAUGGCAGCAACUGGACACUACAAUCAGCAUUUCCCUCAGGUUCUUAUUCAACCCAUGACCACAGCCCCAAACAUCACCUGGCCAGAUCUCAGCAUUCUAAUGCUUCUACGAGCUAUUCCAGUGGGUGUUGGACAGGUGUACGGCUGUGACAAUCCCUGGACUGGUGGCAUUUUCCUUGCUGCGUUAGCUAUCUCAUCUCCGAUCAUAUGUCUACAUGCUGCAAUCGGAUCUUGCGUUGGCAUUCUAGCAGGAUUAUCACUGGCUUCACCAUUCAAGAAAAUUUAUGAUGGAAUAUGGAGCUAUAAUUGCGUUCUGGCUUGCAGUGCUAUCGGAGGAGUGUUUUAUGCAUUGACAUGGGAAACCCAUAUCCUGUCAAUAAUGUGUGCAAUUUUCUGUGCUUACUUAGGAGAAGCACUGAUGAACAUGAUGUCAGUGGUUGGAUUGCCUGCAGGGACCUGGCCUUUCUGUCUUUCCACAACUGUGUUUAUGCUGUUAACUACAAACAACAAAUCCAUCUAUAAAUUGAUAUUAAAUACAGUGACAUACCCAGAGGAGAACAGAAAAAAUUACAAGGAAAUGAAGAAAAAUAAAGAAAAUGAAUGAAAACAAUGCAGAAAUGAAAAUUACUGACAUGCAUGUAUCUUUAUCCUUCCAAUCAUCCAUUCACCCAUCCAAUGAUCCCUAUUUUAGCGCAUCUGGGUAGUUACAUAGCCCACAUAUCUCAAAACAUAACGUUUUUCACAAAUACGUUCAUAUUGAGAUCCUAUUACCGCAUCCUGAACAUGCUCUUGACCACUUAUUUAGUACUUCAGUGUCUUCACUAGUAAUUGGCAAGCCUGGUAACAAAGUAAACUGGAUAGUAAACGUUUAUGUUGGGAUAAAUACUGUUAGAGGUCUGUGUGUGUAUCUGUAGAUCACCCAAUCUGACUUUGUUGUGAUCAGGGCUAUGGUCAUCUCUUACGAUGAAAAUCAGGCUGAGGUGAUCAAUCAAAGAAAGAAGUUCUUAAGCAGUCCUGAACAAAAAAAACGACAGUUAUGAAGGUUAUGAUGUAUUCUAUCCAAUAAUAAUAAUAAUCCUUCCAUUUGA